AACUUCUUUACUGUGAUGCUUACUGUCUGAUUUUGAAAUAGAAAAGGUUAAAGAAUGUUUUAGCAAAUUUGAUCCUGAAUGACGUGAUCCCUUGUGAAAUACAAGUACACGGUUGUGUUAUGUUCUAACUUGGAUGGAUAACGUAGAGUAUAAUAAAUGAAAGCAUAUGCCAUUUUUAUAGAUACUCUCGGAGCUCUGAAGAUCCAAUUUUUUGUUUGUCUGUGUUCCAUAAUAAUUUUUUUAACUUGUAAAUCUUGCUCCAAUUGUCAGUGGUCAGGUCUUUCUACUGUUAGGAGAUGUUAGCUGUUUAGUCCAGCUGCAUUAGCUUCAACAUCGCUGACCUUCGUGUACACUUUCCUGUAAAGGCAAUGCCAAUCCCAAGAUCUAAUACUGAGCUUUCUGUUAAGGUGCCAGUUGAAACUUGUUUUCUGUAAACUGCCAACAGUAGGAAGAAUAAACCGUUAAGGGUUGAGGGGGGGUGGUGGUUGUUUUUGACAUCUCUUGCAGUAAGUAGUAGUUUUUAAAGCUUUGACAAUGUUGCAUUAGAUUUCCUUAAUAAAGGCUUUGUUUCACAGCACAAGAGCUGGGAGGAUUCUGAAGGUUUUAUACUUUCCUUCAUCUUUGAAGUCAAUUAAGUUUGCAUGCGCUGUAGAAAGUUACCUCGGUACUUCUUGGGGAGGUCUUUUUGCUUAAUGAUUUAAUGGAAUUGUAGCAUUCGUGGUUAAAAAGUAAAAUUGUUUUAAAAAUUAACCUGAAAGUCAAUGAUUACUUAGUGUGUGAGGCUCAUGAAGUUUGUGCUACUCAAAAGAUGGAUCUAACAUGGAGAGCUCUUUGUACCACUUUUCUGCGUGUCUAUUUUAAAUCUCGGUUUUGUUUUUCUUGAGGUAAUAAUAAUUGUAAUUGAGUUGUGAGUUAAUGGAACUGAAGCAACACUUAAAAUUUAGAUCUUGCUCAGGCAAAUUUACUUUCUAACAGCAAGAAAUAGAGAAUUAGUAUUCAAAGUGACCAGGAUAACUUUCCCUUAAUAUGAAUUGCUGGGAUCUCAUUCAAGUGCAUAGUGCUACAGCUGUGACUUGGGCAACCAAAAUUGGAUCUAACAGCAUUUAUUCAGCAGAAUACAGGUUGGAAGUUGUAGGAGACCAAAACAGGUGAAGUCAGCAGCGUGUUCCACAAAAAGGCACAUAUGUUUGUUGUUUUUUUUUUUUUUUGUGCAUAGUAAGUUUCAGUUUCCAUUAAAAACAUAAGCAGUUCAUUCCUGGAUACCAUUAAAGUGUAAGCUGAGCAAGGGUUGCAAUUUUGUGCUAUAUACCUAAGGAAAACCUAGCUAAAUUGAGAAUAGAAAGUAAGGUAAAGAAAGCAAGUGGAGAGAAAAAAAAGCUGCAUCAAGGGAAUUCUUGAGAAAAUGUUCUGUGAGAGAAGGCUUAGAGAUAUGGGUUCAGCUUUGGGAAAGAGAAGACAGAGUUAAAAAGGAAUUGGAGGAAGGGUGAGAACAGCGGACACCUGUGUUCUUAUGAAACAGUGCUUUCAUAAACUUACUAUUUUAUGUCCAUUACUGGUAAGGGGAGUAAUACUCAAUUUAGUGAAGUAGUAGUAAGUUGCAAAGGGAAACGAGUCUCAUUUGAGAAUUUAAAAAAAAUAUACCACUUUAUUUAAAAGGUGAUCCUGCUUCAGAAGUGUAAUUUUAGUGUCUCUUUCAGCUUGUGCUUCUUGAAUCCUAUGCAAGAUGAUGAGCAGUGCAUUAUCAAUACAUACAGAUUUAAUUUUGAUGGUAGUUAAUCUGCACUGUGUUUCUUUAAGGUGGUGCUUCCUUCUGCCUUAACAGCUGAUUAUGUCUGAGUUGAAAAACACUGACCAGCUCCUAUGGAAACAUUGGAAUAGUUACGCUGUCAGAAUUUCCCUAUUCCUUUCUCAAGAAAAAACUUCUGUCUUUAGUGCCAAGAUGAAAAUGAUAGAAGACUUGCAUAGUAAUUGGGUCAGGAAGCUCUAUAGCAUGCCUACAUCCCAACUUCAACUUCUUAUACCUUCCAAUUUAGUAUUUGACUGAUAAUGUUAGCAUUUUAGUGAUCCUGUUUCCUCAUCUACAAAACGAAGUAGUUUGCUUUCAUGACGCUGUCAGAAACAUAAUCGAGCCAUACCAGGAGGUGGCUCUCAGAAUGUGCAAUGCUGUCCUGUUGAGACAAAUCAGCAGGCUCACUUUUUGAAAAAUGCCCUCUGAGGAUGAGCCAAGCUUCCCUAAACUGGUGGCAGAAGUGAUUGAUUAUUCAUCUGUCAUUGUUAUUAGUUGCUGUGCCUACAACAAAGGCUGCAGUCUGUGUCACUGACUUUACUCCUCAAUGCAUGGACCAUGAAUAGUCCCUUUUAAUCUUAAUGUUGUUGUGAGAUGUUGUGUUGAAAGCAUUUGACUCGGACCAGUUGUUUUUGUGGCACUCAAGAACAUAAAUAGAAUUUGUGGUAGAUAUUCUAGACUGUAAAAUUGUGAGCUGUGGGGUUGUUUCCCUCCUUUAACUUCUUCGUAUUUUAAGAUAAAGCAGUUCAGGCUUGAUGUGAGGUGAAAACGUUUGAAUUUCAGAUUAGCGUCCUCAAUAGAACAAAGGUUUAGGAUGGAAGAGCUAAUGUUCUUAAUUUUCCUUCUUAAUUUUCAAGUUGAAUGUCGAUGUGUUUAAUUUGGAUCUGAGCACGCUGCAGCCUUUGUAUAUUUUUCCCGUAUUAAGUUUCCACUCGCUGACCAAAUAAUCUCCUAUUCUGACAAAUGUUCUGAUACAAACCUUCCAGUAGGUGGCAACAACUGAUCAGUUUAGCUUGUUGAGUCCUGAGGUCAGCUGAUUAAUUUAUUACAGAGCCUUAUCUGCUGCUCCUUACUUAAAAACAAAUAUGUUUUGCUGUGCGUGCUCAAAUCUAGCAUGUGGUGUGCUUGUUGCAUAAGCACAUCGCGAUAACUUUUUCAGGUUUAUGUAUUUAUUCGUAGUAAGUUUAUGAAACCAUGCAAAGUAUUUUAGGUAAUAAUACAGCUUACAUUUGCAUGGCAGUGCAGAUUGCUAGGCCUCUUUUACAGGAAAUUGGCAGUGUGCCAGAAAACCUUGCACAGAAGCUUCCAAACCUCGUGGAAUUGUACCUUCAUUCAAAUAACAUAGUUGUUGUACCUGAAGCCAUUGGCUCCCUCGUUAAACUGCAGUUUCUGGACCUAAGUGAUAAUGCCCUUGAAAUUGUGUGUCCAGAGAUCGGUCGCCUGAGAUCUUUGCGUCAUCUUCGUUUGGCUAACAACCAGCUGAAAUAUUUACCUGCAGAGGUUGGAGAUCUGAGGGAGCUGCAAACACUGGAUAUUUCAACCAAUCGCUUGAUAACCUUACCUGAAAGGCUGCAUAUGUGCCUCUCACUGCAGUACUUGACUGCAGACCGGAACCACCUGUGGUAUGUUCCCCGCCAUCUGUGCCAGCUUCCAAGCCUCAAUGAGCUCUCCAUGGCUGGGAACCGCCUUGCAUUUCUGCCUCUUGAUUUAGGUCGUUCGCGGGAGCUACAAUAUGUUUAUGUGGAUAACAACAUUCAUCUCAAAGGCCUUCCAUCUUUUCUGUAUAAUAAAGUCAUUGGUUGCAGCGGCUGUGGUUCUCCAAUUCAAGUUUCAGAGGUAAAACUGCUCUCUUUUUCAUCGGGACAGUUAACUGUGUUCCUGCCAGCAGAGGUGAAAUCUAUAGGGACAGAAACAGAUCAUGUGCUGCCUUUGCAAGAAUUGGCUAUGAGGACCCUCUAUAACACUUACUACGUGUAUUUAAAAGAUUUGAAUUUUCUUACUCCAAUCUCACUACCAAAAAGCCUCUUGGAAUUGUUGCACUGUCCCUUGGGACACUGUCACCGCUGUAGCCAGCCCAUGUUUACCAUUGUCUACCCAAAGCUCUUUCCCUUAAGGGAAACUCCAAUGGCAGGAUUGCAUCAAGGGAGGACAACUGUUAGUUUUGUGGCAUACUGCUGCUCCACCCAGUGUCUGCAGACUUUUGACCUACUGAGUUGAUAAACAUUUUAAACUACUCAGGAGUGCUGCCAGUUUAAAGCUGCAUUAGACGUCGUAUCCCGUUGGUACUGGAAUACAGUGUGUGUGCCAAAGCAGCAGAAGUGCCUGGUCGGGAACAUUAAGAGGCACUUAAAUCCUGCCCUAUCAAAUUUGGAUGAAGUGCAGAAACUUUUUCGGAAGUGUAAAUACCAAGUUUUUAAGAGCAUUAACUUCUCUCAGCAAAGAUAGCAUACCAGGCAAAUUUUUGAGUUCUAAAUCGCUAGAUUUGCAGUGUUUUUCAAACUGCUUUUGGGUGGAUCCACUGUGUCUUCUGGGGCAGUUUUCAUGCCUCUAACAGUGUCCAGCCGAUCUAUAAUUUAAAAACUAUAUGCCUGAAUGGUUUUUGUUUAUUGUUCCCAUCUUUUACAUUCUACAGUUGUAUCCAGGUGUGUAAAUCUAAGACUGUACAUGCUUUUGAAGGAACCCUGUGACUUUCACAUAGAACUUGGUUUUAUUUUUUCUCUCUCAUCUCCAUAUUUUACCCCACAGAGUUAUCCAAGUUUUAUACUAAAUCUUUAACAGGCAACCAUGCUAUUUAAAUCCAUGUAUUUAAAGCAGAUCUUUGCUUCUGGUAUUACUGUGAGCCACACUUACUCCACUGGAGGAGCUAGGAUAUGUCUGGAGACUGAAGGUGCUGUUUGAGUAACAAAGGCCUAUGCUGAUAUAUGCAGCAAGUGGUGUUGCUCUGGUGUUUGGUGACGUUGUCUUUAUUUUCAUCACUUCUAUGCUGUAUUUUUAAUAAAAACAGUUUCCCUUUU